AUGGGUUGUAUCAUGCCUACGUUGUUGGAGAGGCCAACACCCGUGGUGCUAACCACCAAAUUAUGUGCGAGUGGCGUACAAUGGUUAGAGAGCGGGGUGAUUGGGAAAAGUACCGUGAAGAGUGCGUUUACUGAGGAGAAGGCCGCCUUCGAAGCGGAGAAAAAAUCUGAGGAAUGGGGCCGCGAGGGCUUAAGGAGCAAACUUCGUGCUGCUGAGGAGUUCUUAUCGAAAGAGCGGGCUGAAUGGAAAGAGGACGAGUUAAAGGCGCAGGUGGCCAGCAAGGAUAAAGACUUAAAUGCCAAGGAUGUGGAGAUUGCGGAGUUAAAGCGUCGAUUGCAUGAGCAAACUGACAAGAAUGAGUCAUUGGAGAUUGAUCUUGAGGCUGAGAGGGUGAAGGCUGCUACCGCCGAGGAGGCCAAACAGAGGGCCGACGAGGCCAAACAGAGGGCCGACGAGGCGCGAGAUUAUUAG